GCGCAUGGAGGACGCACCGCUCGCCACUUCCACCUGACCUCAGAAGACGCGGUUGGGAACGAGCUGCGAGGCGCCAGGGUCCCGCCGCCGGGAAAGCCCAACUCGUUUGACCGCCUUGGGAAGAAGCGCUGGAUUUGGACGCAGACCGUCUUCCCGAGGAGCCACAGACAAUGCCGGUGGUCAAAGUGGAGAAAGACUCUCCGCCUGACACGUACUCAGCGGCCCCCGACCCACCGGAAGAGCAGCCCCGAGGUCGGCGCAGGAAAAGACCCCUGCAGCGAGGCAAGCCGCCCUACAGCUACAUCGCCCUCAUCUCCAUGGCCAUCGCCAACUCCCCUGACCGCAAGCUGACGCUGGGGGGCAUCUAUAAGUUCAUCACGGAGCGCUUCCCCUUCUACCAGGACAACUCGAAGAAGUGGCAGAACUCGAUCCGCCACAAUUUGACGCUCAACGACUGCUUCAUCAAGAUCCCCCGGGAGCCGGGGCGCCCGGGGAAGGGCAACUACUGGGCCUUGGACCCCAACGCCGAGGACAUGUUCGAGAGCGGCAGUUUUCUGCGGCGCAGGAAGCGCUUCAAGCGGUGCGACCUCAGCACCUACGCCUCGUAUGUGCACGACAACCCGAUUUUCACGCCGGUCCAGAUUGCGAGGCCGGCAGCAUACUCCAACGCGGUGUACCCCAACAUGACCGUCAGUCCGUCCUACGGGCAGCAGUUGCCCUCGGCCUACUACCCGUCCCCGUCGCCCCCCGGAUUCGGCCCGGCUCAGACUCACAUGUUCAGCAUCAACAACCUGAUCGGACCUCCGGCCGGCAUGCUGGGAGCUCAGGGGCCAGACGGAAUGCCGCAGUCCGCUCGCAGCUUCACCCCCGAGGGGAUCCACAACGGGCCCGGCCCCUGUAGUCUGGCACCGCCGGUUUUCCAGAGCCAGACGUGCGGAGGGGCCGCCCCGCCCCGCUCCACCACUUCCGCGCACCCGGGGUUCGCCUAUUCCGGACAGAGCGGCCACCCGCACCACCACCACGCCACCCCACACGGCCCCUACGGACAAGGCCACAGCCAACUGUACGCCGCAUCCGGUCGCGUGGCCUCCUCGGGCGAGACGGCGGACCACUACGGCAGGGUCUCGCCAGUGCAGCUGGGGUCUUUCUCUCAGUACAACAGCGCCAAUGCAGGGGGUUACCUGCGACACCAGCCCUACACUGGGAACAUGGACAGAUUUGUGUCUGCUAUCUGACAGCUGAGAGCGUAAAACACACUGAAAAGCUACUACUUCCCAUGACUUUUACCACUAAACUGCCCUCGUCUUUAUACUUCAAGAUAUUCGACUCGGACAUUGUAAUUCUAGGAUGUCCACGCUUUUGAUUCCAGGAGCCAUAUACAGAACAAUCUAAUCUUCAUUUUUAAUUUAUUUGACAUGCUAAAACCCCUCCAUCAGUGUGUGUAAUGAUAUGCUCAGGAAAUCAAAUCUCUACAUUUACAACAAAAACAAGCGCAAUAUGUACUAAAGAAAGUAGAAAGUAGCGCAAACAAUCACGAUUCACACUAUUUGCUGCUGUAACUAAAUUAAUAGAAUUGUUUUUAUUAUUUUAGUUGUAAAUAGUUACUUUGCUCUAUUUUAAAAAAAAAACAAAAAAACUAGAAAAGCUUUAUAUAAAACCAAUGUGAGAACUAUGUCUCUUCUCCUGCCUUGCCAUCCAGCACUGAAAGUGAGUACAAUUAAGGCAAACGACACAAGGCCAUAUCAAUGGGUAAUUAUGGUAUAUGCAACGGGCCGUGAAAAACUGUCAACUUGCCACAAAUGGCCCGCGCGCCGUAGUUUGGACACCACUGUCAUAAUUUACAAUUGUAACAAAUGUUUCCUGGUCGGACGCCCUUCCUGACAUCAACCGCAGUUUUAGCGGUGGGCCGAGCCUUUGGUCCUCCAAGACCUAAUUUGUGUACCCCUAUACACUCGGGGUACAGGGUUCAGUUAUAUGGCGCUGACAAACCACCACUCACAGACUAGUUUAUAUAAAACAUUAGCUAGAAAUUCCUACCACCCCCUCCACCCCAACGUCAAACCCAGCGCACCCAAACAUUCUGUAAGAUAUUUCUUAUGCAUUCCAGAGGACCAUAAAAAAAAAGAUAUAUAAUAAUAAUAAUAAUAAUAUUAAAAACCCGUGAUUCACCGCCUUAACCUGACAACCCAUUUUUCAUGUGGGUCAUUGUGAGCUCCGCAAAGAAAAUGUCCUCUUCGCGGCAUAUAAGUGUAAAUAACACCUUGUGAGCAUCUUUAUGGACACGUUUUGAUUCUCUUUAAUACCGGUAAAAAAAAUUGUAAGUUAUUGGGCUUGAUGGUCAAAGGCUUUGCAAUAAGUGGCUUGGUUUGAAGAACGUAGCAUGUGUGGUGUUGCCGAAAAAAAAAAGAAAUGUACAAAAAUUGCAAAUUUUGUAAAUUGUAUAACA